UUCCUUUAACUGAUAUCAUUUGUGUUGUUUCAAGCGCUUCUUAUCUGCUAUUACGUAACAAUAAUAACAGAGUUACAGUUUCUACAUCAUGCAAAAGGUUGUCCAACAUCCUGGUGAUUCCUCCAACGAAUUCCUUCACUCUUAUGUAUUUUGCAAUGGUUGUAAGCUGCACAUAGUAGAAUGCAAAGGCUCGCACCAAAAUAGGCCUCUCAUGUUGCUUCUUCAUGGAUUCCCAGAGUUUUGGUUUUCCUGGAAAUAUAUUUUGCAAUAUUUUUUCCGCAAGGGAUAUCGUGCAGUUGCUCCAGACCUUCGCGGAUACAACGAGUCUUCGAAACCAUAUUCCGUUCAAGAAUAUCGUUUGGAACUGCUUUCGGCGGAUAUCGAAAGCUUGAUUCGGCAGUUAGGUUAUGAAGCUUGUACUUGUGUUGGGCACGACUGGGGAGGAGCUAUCGCAUGGUCUGUUGCAUAUUUGUAUCCUCGUUGUGUUCGAACUUUGAUUAUUGUCAACGCACCGCACCCAUACAAGUUCUAUGAGGCACUUUUUUCCUUCCCUCCCAAUUGGAAGCAGCUGUUAAGAUCCUGGUAUAUAUUAUUUUUCCAACUCCCUUGGUUGCCAGAAUUGUUUCUUGGAUAUAAUAGUUGUAAGAAUUUAGUGCUAGCCAUUCGCAAUACACUCUGUUAUACACAAGCAUUGAGUCAUGAAGAUGCCGAAGAAUAUCGCAAGGCAUUGUUACAGCCUGGGGCGUUGAAAAGUGCUAUUAACUAUUACAGGGCCUUGGUUCGCAAUUCAAUUGCUAGUAAUAGCAUGCGUCAUUUGUUCGAGCGCCAACUAAACAUUGCUACGUUGGUUGUAUGGGGUGUGGAAGAUUCGGCGUUAGGAAAGGAGUUGACCUUUGAUUUGGAUAAGUUAGUUAGUGACAUUGAGGUGCGUUAUAUUCCUAACUGUUCACACUGGGUUCCUAUCGAGAAACCGCGAAUAUUGGCUGAGUUUAUGGAUUCCUUUCUUCAAUCUCGUGAGGAAGCACCCUAAUUUGGUUUACUCUUAAACGUUGUCAUUUGCAGAUUCUUGAACCGACUUUGCGGUAUAAUGUUUUCGACGUCGUGAUGGAAUUCCAAUCUGCAAGAAUGUUUAUCAUUAAAAAAUAGAAAGUUCGCCUGUCUUUCGGAAUGACAAAUGGACGCGACAAGAACAGUCACAUUUGUUGAAUGUAAAGGAUUGGAAAUGGACGAACAAUUUUAUUUCUUGCAAAAAUUUUUCGUUGUACUCAGCAUCGAUUUUUGCGAUAUGCUAAAGAUUUUUGCUUGAGUGAAACGUUGUUGCUUACCUUUCAAACUGCAUGAGGCUGCACGUGGGUUAUAAUUUGUUCUGUACAUUUUGAACAACUCAACCAAGCUCACUGCUGUGUAAAAGCAAACACAAAUGAGAUUUAUUCAAUAUAUGAGAAGCCUCGCAAGAAGUUUCGAAAAUUGGGUGGUUCCCAAACAAAGAUCAAAAAGCAUUUUUCUUUUGGCUCCAAUUGGAUCAGUAGACAAUCAGCACACCCUAUCGAAAAGCAAGUAAACAGUUUUGAUAGACACAGAAAGUAAAAGAAUAUUAUUUCUUAUUUUUCCAAGAAAUGUUUGUUCAUCUUAGUAAGUCGGUCAGCUCUACCUAGUAUGUUAAAGAGAUAUAGACUGAAUAUU